AUGGCGUCAUUUCGAGUUUGCGAAAGCAGCGUUCAUCCUGAAGUUAUCUCUGAUGUGAUGACGCAGAAAGCAACUAACAGUAUGUAUUUUUGGGAGCACGAGGAGAUGAGCAAAGUCACUGAAGCCACCGGCAAAGUAGACUCCAUGGAAUUCAAGGGAGAUGGCCAAACAAUUGAAGCGAACAACAAGGUGGGUACACUUGAGGCCGUUGAAGGGAAAACGUACGAAGUUAUCGAAGGAAAGGUUGAUUGGAGGGGAAGACCUGCCGUGCGAGGGCGCCAUGGCGGUGUUGGCAAUUCGUUCUUCAUUCUGUCGAACUUUGGACUUGAGAACCUUGCGUCUUUGUCUCUGGCGGUGAACCUUAUCAUGUACUUCAUGUUGAUUAUGCACAUCAACCUGGCCGAUGCCUCCAACCUGCUGACCAACUACAUGGGCACGAGCUACAUGAUCGCAGUGCUCAUCACCGCCUUCGCCGACACCUUCGUCGGACGGUACCAGACUGUGAUCAUAUCGUCGAUGGUUGAGAUCAUCGGACUCCUUCUGCUGACGCUGCAAGCUCACUACGAAAAGCUGAUGCCGCCGAAGUGCAACUGGCCGUUGCCGCCGUGUGAGAAGGUGAGCGGCAACAACGAGAUCCUCCUCUACGCGGCGCUGUACCUGAUCGCGAUCGGCUCGGCGGGUAUCAAGGCGGCGCUGCCGGCGCACUGCGCCGACCAGUUCGAGGAGAAGCACCCCAAGGAGAAGCGCCAGAUGUCCAGCUUCUUCAACUGGCUGCUGCUCGCCUUGUGCAUCGGCGGGGCCUUCAGCGUCACCUUCUUCGUCUGGAUCCAGAACAAAAAGGGCUGGGACAAGGGGUUUGGGGGCGCGACAGGCGUCAUGGGACUCGCUCUCAUCGCCUUCCUCAUCGGCCUGCCGCGGUACCGGAUUUACACCGCACAGGGCAGCAGCGCGCUGCUUGAAAUCUUCCGGGUGUACGUUGCUGCAAUCAGGAACUGGAACCUGGAGCUCCCUGAGAACCCUGAGGAGCUAUACGAGAUCAGCAGAAGCAAAGCUUCCCCUGAGACGGAGUUCGUGCCCCAUAGAAACAAGCCAUUCAGGUUCUUGGACAGGGCAGCCAUAGUUCAGACACCGGCAGGCGAGGCGCCGAACCCGUGGCGUCAGUGCCGGGUGACACAGGUGGAGUACGCCAAGACAGUGCUGGCCAUGGUGCCCAUCUUCUGCAGCGCCAUCAUAAUGGGCACCUGCCUCGCCCAGUUCCAGACCUUCUCCAUCCAGCAGGGCUCCACCAUGGACACGAGGCUCGGCCCGUACCUGACGAUGCCGCCGGCGUCGCUGCCCAUCAUACCGCUGGGCAUGCUCAUCUUCAUCGUGCCCAUCUACGAGCGCGUCUUCGUGCCCUUCGCGCGCCGCAUCACGGGCCACCCGAACGGCAUCCCAUACCUGCAGCGCGUCGGCGUCGGCCUCGUGCUCUGCAUCAUCUCCAUGUGCCUCGCCGCCGUGGUGGAGAUGUACCGCAAGAGGGUGGCCAGAGAGCACGACAUGCUGGACGCGAUCCCGACGGUGCAGAUGCUGCCCAUGUCCUGUUUCUGGCUGGCCCCGCAGUACGCCGUGUUCGGCGUCGCCGACAUGUUCACCUUCAUCGGCCUGCUCGAGUUCUUCUACUCGCAGGCGCCGCCCCCGCUCAAGUCCAUGUCGUCCGCGUUCUUAUGGGGCGCCCUAUCGCUCGGCUACUACUUCAGCACCAUCAUCGUCAAGGCAGUCAACGCGGCCACCAAGAACUACACCACCAGCAGAGGCUGGCUGCAGGGCAACAACAUCAACCGGAACCACCUCGACCUCUUCUUCUGGCUGCUCGCCGUGCUCAGCUUCCUCAACUUCCUCAACUACCUCUACUGGUCCAGCUGGUACAAGUACGUUAAGCAACAAGACCAGCCCAAGGAUGUAUCGGAGCAGCCGGAGCAAGUGUGA